GAUAAGCACAUUUAAUAAUUAAUUCAGUCAUAUGAAUAAUUAAAUAUUUUAAGCAGCUAGUUAACGUUGGUUUUUUUUAUGCAGCUAGUUAUCGUUAGUUGGCUCAUUGUGCUAGUCUGUUCUGUAUUACUACUGCUGUAUUAAUAGCGCUAGCUAAGUACUGGUUAGCUAUUUUUAAAACUUUUUUCGUGAGGUUUAAUAGUGUACGUUAAAAAAACGGUUUUCUUAGGUUUCUUAGUAUUGUGCAUGUUUAAUUGAUCUAGGAGUGUCCUCAUAUGCUAGCUGGAGAACCUGGCUAACCCCGCAGAUGGAGGUGGAGUGGGACAAAGCAGCUGGGUUAAAGUACUUUAGUUUAAAAGCUAGUAUUUGUACACAGUAAUGUCAGUCUGUUGGACUUUUAACCAAUUUGAAAGGGAUAUCGUCUUUAACUGCAUUAAACACGGUUAUUUGUAUUAGGUAUUGCCAGUUAUAAUAACUUAAAAACAUACUGACUUGGUAAAAUAGCAGAGUAGCUGUACACAUUGAUUCAAUAUUGAAGCUCAGAUGGUACUGCUCAGUGCUACUGAAUUCAGAUUGAGUGAUUUGGAAAUGCUUAUGUUGGUACGAUGAAUGUGGUGUAUGAUUGGAUUAUGAUUCUCUGGGACUGGAUUUGGAGCAUUUAAGCGUUACAUUAACAGUGUAUAACUUCUAAAUAAUUAAAAAGACUGUUGUAGCUUCUUGAUCUUUAUUUAUAGGCAUGCUGAGAUAGUGUUGCAUUUAAUGUUUUUUCCUUUACAUGUUGUGAGUUUAAUCAGUGUAUAUACUCGAGUGAUUUCUUGCUUUUGCUAUAAAGUCAACAUGAGCCGGAAACCAAGCAACAGAUAUUCCGAGAUGCCGAUGCGUGUGACUGACAGCAGGAUGAGUAUGGCGAAUGCCACACCACAGAGCAACAAUGUAUUUGGCAAGCUGAACAUCCCAAAGCCUCACUCCACCACGUCAGAGAGGAGGACCAGCUUUUUUGGAAAAGGAGCAGGUAUGGGUGCUGGUGGGCAGAGAAACAGCAUUUUUGGGACUUAUGGAGGUUCGGAGAAGAUAAAGGACCCCCGACCUCUUCAUGAUAAAACUUUUGUUCAGCAGUGUAUCAAGGAGCUUUGUGAGUUCCUUGGAGAUAAUGGAUUCCCAGCUUCAAUCACAGUCAAAUCUCUCCAGUCGCCCUCCACUAAAGAGUUCCUGAAGAUCUUUGAGUUUAUUUACAUUUUGUUGGACCCCACCUUUCAGAUGCCUACAGCCAAGGUUGAAGAGGAAAUCCCUAGGAUAUUGAGAGAUUUGCGGUACCCAUUUCCACUAUCAAAAAGCUCCAUGUACUCCAUUGGGGCUCCACAUACAUGGCCUCAGGCUCUGGGAGCACUCAUCUGGCUCAUUGACACAGUUAGGGUCUUUAACAGUUGGAAAGGUCAGGAUGUGCUGUUUGGAGAUUUUUCAGAUGGCUUCACUGAGCUGGAGGAUGGAAUGGAGUACAGUAAGCUCUUUUUAGAAUACAGCUCUAAGACCUACAACAAGUUUAUGCAAGGAGCAGAUACCUUUGAGGAUGAGGAUGCAGACUACCUCAGUCAUCUGAAGAGGCUGUAUAAUGUUGAUGAGGCUCUACUGGAGUCACAACAGGAGAAACACAGAGUGUUGAUGUCUGAGGUGGAAAGACUGGAGAAAGAGAGCCAUAAUGAUCGGUUGAUGGGACAGAGGACUGAGAAACUGAAGUUGCACACUGACCUCCAGAAGCUGCAGAGCUACCGUACUCGCAUGGAGUCUUUUAAAUCCCACCAGGAGAAUAAGGUUACAGCGCUGUCUGAGGAGCUGGAGGCAGCAAACCUUCAACUAGAGAGUCUGAAGAGGGAGCAGGCUAGGCUGCAGCACAUUCUGGAGAAUCAGAAGUUCACUCCAGCCGACAUUGAGCGCAUCAACAGAGAGAGGAACGAGCUGCAGCAGAAUGUGAACACCCUGAGUCACAGUCUUGAGGAGGCCCAGCAGCUGGCCUGGAAUGAGGAGAUCACCCUGACCAAAACCAAGGAGAGGGCCGAGGCAAAGUUGGCGGAGUACCACAAACUGGCACGCAUGCUAAAGCUUGUCCCCCAGUCUGCUGAGAAUGCCUGUGGCCAUGACUUUGAGAUCAAAACAGUCAAUGACUAUGGCCCAACCACCGCCACCCAGAUCAGGACUCAGAUACAGAAUCCUCUUAAAAGCAUGCUGGCAGAUGUAGAGGAGGAAUUCAGCAAUGUGACUAAUAUGAAGCUGAGCCUGGAUGAGACAGUUGAACAGAUAAAGUCCAACAUUUCCGAGAAGUUGAAUGACAUAAAGCAGCUAAAGGAGCAGAUUCGGAGACUGGAUGAGCAGCUGGAGCGUGAUAUGCAGGAUAUGGCUCAUGAAGAGAAAAAGUGGGCAGCCGACAUGGAUUCUGCUGAAAGUCACAAGAAGCUUCUAGAAAAGAAAGUGAUGGCUGGACAUGAGGAGGCUGAAGAGCAGCUGAAAGCAGCCCAACAACAGUACCAUCUUGUUCUUCAGGAAACCAAAGAGGAAAGCAGGAUGGUGGCGAACAAUCUGGCACAUGUCUUCAGUGCUGCAGUCAACCACUUGGAUAUAAUUGAGAAACACUGUAACGACCAAGUUAAAAAGAUGGAAAAGAUGAAUGAAGUUAUCCGUGAAGACCAAGCAGAUCUGCAGCAGCUGAAGGAAAUGGUGGAAAACUUUGUUGCUAGAGCAAAUGUUUUUUAAAGAUUUAAUGGGAAACCAAAUGUAAAUAGUUUUGUACUAAUAGUUUUUGUGUUAGUGUUAAAAGAAAGUAUUGUGUAUUGGCCUUGGAAAACAUGCAGUGUCCCUUUUUAAAAAAUAAAUAAAUAAAUAAAUAUA